AUGGAACAUCAAGUGGGAUUGGUGUUGGAUGCAUUAGCAUUAUUAUCUGUAUCGCAACAACAACAAACGUUUAUACAUAAAGUAGACACAACAAGAACAACAAGAGUCAUGCAUGACAAGAAUGACAAGAAUGACAAUAUAGUAAUGGAUGUGGAUGGAACUUGUUCUUGGAAUUCGAUGGAUGUAAUUUCUAUAACGUCUGUCUGUCUGUCUGUCUGUCUGUAUGCUGAUACUGCUAGAUACUGCUACUAG